AUGUCGACCCCAUCCUGCCUUCCCCCUUUCAGCCCCCUGGCUAUUCGUCUCGGAAUGUUUGAACUCUCGAAUAUAUUAACUGCUCCUAAAUGGCUGGAAUUCUAUAUACGACUUAUACCAUCGGAGAUGUUGGGGGGGCGUUUGUCGGAAGCGCAAAGGGAGGAAUCGUUGAAAAAUAUUUCUGGCGACAACACAAGGCGUAGGACCGCCGAACGAAUUUUCAUGGAAGAUAGGAGGGGAUCGGUUCAGGCCAUCGAUUACGUCCAGCAGAGAUGGAUAAUUCCAUUGCGUCCUAUCGAGGUCCCAACCGCGGAUUAUGUCUCUAUCUCAGCAACUCCGAGAUGCGCUGUUACACCUCCCAUAGUGGUCCAUUCGGCAGCUGCAGCUGCUUAUUCGGCAGCUGCGCAACAGAAAUGUGAAAGUUGGUUAAGGAGACAACACACCGACCUCACACCAUCUAACAAAUUUUUCUCGAUCGAAAGUGACCUGCCUCCGAACGCUCUGGCUGCCGGUCAGCUUGCUCAUGCCCCUGAACAACGAACAUCAGUCUUCGUAAACUGCAACCCGUCGUUCCGCCUGUGCAGCACAUGGGUUACCCUUUGCGUCCACGAGGCCUUUGAUGAGGCACGCAAAGUGGAACUAAGCACUGAGGCUGGAUUGAUGGCAACAUAUCUCGACAUUGAACGUUACUAUUCUCACCACCGCAAUGCCAAGUCGGAGCUGCUUUACUUACGGGCAAAGAUGCUUCGCGCCAAAGCUGAGGUAGAAGUUUUUGCGCUGGCCAUCGAAAAUGCGUCUUCACCACAUUCAACUUAUUUCCAGUCGGUCCUACCAGAGCAGGUGCAUAUCUGCAAGGAACGGACUUUUGCCGGAUCAAUCAACGAUCGUACUGACUCGACUUAUGGUAAUAGCCUUGCGUUUGUCUCAGCCUCGAUAAUAUUUGAUCUGCAAUGGGUUCCUGGAACUCCAUUAAAAGGUGUAACCGUUGUUGGUAGCUUGCGUGCGCUCAUUCAUAUCAACUUGGUUGAUCGCAAGGAUUUUGUUCGUGACUUGUUGCAUCGCACCGCUGCUCGACGCGUCUCGAACAGAAUCAAGAUGAUUAGAGUUGCUACGGAAUCGACUCCCGGUCAUUUUCGGUAUGAAGCCCGAUCCACUCGAGUGUUAGCCAUUUUCCGGACAGGAUGGCCUUUAAGCUUUUGCUCCACGGAAGAUAUGGAUAAGGCGACCACAAUGGACAAGCUAGACAUCAUCUUGAAUUCCGCAUUUCUACCUGAUGGACUUGAUGCCCGGAGAGAUACCGCUCGUUAUGAGAUCCGAGAAAUUAGUCAGAAACCCGAGAUGAUUCUGCCAGAGGUCUUGCAUGAGGUUGCAUACGUUUUCAUCACUUCAGCCGUCAGCCACUCAAAAUCUACCACCUCGCUUGCUUCCCUCGUCGUCCUCAUCAUCACCCUCGCUCUACAAGUCAUUAACUUGUGCUGCAUCAACAUAUCUGUACCUCCAACUACGUUGGUGGCAUCGACAGAGUUCGCUCAGCUCUACCUAGCUUUUGAGGGUGUAGGUGUUGAUGACGAGGAUGUAUUUACCCUCGCCACUAUUAAGGGAAUGUACUCCCGACUUUACACACAUCCUGAGUCAGUAUCGGCCCUGAGGACUAUGGAGAAUGGGAUCGACCGAGACCACCUCAGGACGCUGGUUACCAGCCAUCAUACCUGCAACAGUCCGAGCCAUCUGGACUGUGAUUCCCUGAACCACCCCCACCACCCAUCCCCCACGAACAACGCACAUCUGGCUAUGAAAGCGGCGCGUAUUCUCAGCCUUCUCGCGACUACUUUUCUGUCCCGGAAUCGCUGGAGCCACGUCAUGGAGGCAACGUGUACGCAUCCCCUGCUGGUCGCCCUCCUGGGGCAUCAUCCAGUUAUGCGCCAGCGGGAGGUUACACCACCUCCUGGGGCUCCCCCUCAAGCUAGACCUUCAUAUGGACACGACCCUUCUCCUCAAGGAGGGUCGGGUCACGGCGCUGCAAGUGAUUAUUACAAUCGGCCUCCGCCAGAAGGUCAAUCAGCAGUCACAUUCGUACACUCCCGAUCACGCAGCUGCUCAUGCUACCAGCCUCAGCCACCGAGCGAGUUCGACGAAGAGGUGUACAAGUCUCAUUUCUCUGCUCAUGCUCAGGCUUAUGGUUCUGGUCAUGACGAUAAACCGAUGGCGAAUGAUGAUAUAGGCACAGCUGCCGCUAUCGAGGCGCUGAAGAUCACAGCUGCAAAUAACCAGGAAGACCACAGGAUGGAUUCCAAACUAACACGGACGCUCCGCAUGCAAGGCCAUCUGCCGGACCACAAGGUGGAUUCCAGACUGACACGGACACUCAGCAUACGAGACCGUCUGCUAAUAUUUCUUCUGAAUCAGCUCAAAUCGAGCCUGGUGAUGGCUCUCGAGAGUCGGGCGGUGGAGGUGAAGGUGAAGGAUCUUUGCCGGAAGUUGCCUGUCCACAGUCGAAAGACUCCUGUGACCGAAAUGACUACGACCUAUGAUAAAUAA